AUGACAACUGGAAAAGAUAUUGGCGUACGGAGUAAGAGAACGGGGCUUCUACUAGCUGAUCUCCAGUCAAGAUGGGAUAGCAUAGAUGUUCUAAAUCGAGACCCCUUAGCUGGAGACACAGGAAUAGACAACACUGCCCUAGCCGAUAUUAGAGGUGACUAUGGCGUUUCACUGUCAUAUAUAACAGGACUUCGCCGACUCGCUAGGAGAUACCUUCAAAGCUUUCCUGGCCGGGACUCUCUGUCUCCAAACACUAUGCUACAUCAACAGUGUUCCGAUCUUCUUGCUAGGCAAAGAGGAUUCAGUCCCGGUGAACUAGGCAGGAUUGAGUCUGCCCUACAAUACCGCAUGGGGAUGAGCUGUCUGGCUAACCAACUUGUCGUUGGCUUCUCCUUACCCCUUCCACAGGGCGUUCCCUGUGACGAGUGGGAUGAAGAUAACAAGUCUAGCUACGGCCAAAAAGAACGGAGCAGUCUCUUCCAUAGGUUGCUCUCGUUGUUUCCGUCGGCAAACCCCAAUCAAGGAGUGAAGGGCUGGACCAAACCGUACUGGUACAUCGUCUCAGCUCUGAUCGAGGCUGACCUUUCACCGUCCCAGGUUGACCGCAAAAUACAGCAGCUCUUUGAAGCUGUCGAAGAAAUCCGGCAGACACAAGAGGAUCGCUGCGUCGACAUCAUCAAGUCCAAGUAG